CCGACCAUGUACUUGAGAACCGUUGUUCUUGCAAGAGCAAAAACUGUACGGAACAAAUCUUUCUUCUCAACUAACAUUUUAACUAACUCAGACAACACCACCAAUCCAAUCUCCUACUACUUCUCCCUUCUACACUCAUCGCCCAAUCCCAAGCACCUUCGCCAUCUCCACGGUCGCUUGCUUCGAACUGGUCUAUAUAGCAAUGUAAUCCUAAGCUCUAAGCUUGUUAUGAUGUAUUCCAUCCCUCACAAUCUCAUCUCACACUCUCUCUCCGUCUUCCUCCACAUGCCUGAGAGGAACAUCUUCUCUUGGAACAUUAUAAUCGGAGAGUUUUCUAGGUUGGGUUUGGCCGAAAAAUCGUUAGCACUCUUUCUUCAAAUGCAGAAUUCUGAGAUUCAACCAGAUGUCUUCACGCUCCCUCUGGUGCUUAAAGCCUGCGCAAGCGCUGGAUCGAUCUUUUGUGGCAUGUCAGUACAUGGAUUCUGCGUGAAGGUUGGGUCGGAGAAGAAUGUUUUUGUUGCAUCUGCAUUGAUCUUCUUGUAUGUUAGUUUGGGGAAGAUUUUUGAGGCGAGAAGGCUGUUCGACGAAAUGCCUCAGAGAGAUGCCGUGCUUUGGACAGCGAUGCUGGCUGGGUAUGCGCAGCAUGAAGAACCAAUGUUGGGUUUGGUGGUGUUUAGGGAGAUGGUUGGUGAAGGUAUUCAGCUUGAUGCUGUGGUUAUGGUUAGCUUGCUUUUGAUCUGUAGCCAAUUGGGUUGGCUGAGACAUGGUAAGAGUGUGCACGGGUGGAAUAUUAGGAGGUGUCUGCGGCUAGGAUUGAAUUUAGGGAAUGCUUUUGUUCACAUGUAUGUGAAAUGCGCCUCAUUAAGCUAUGCCCAGAAAUUUUUUAAUAUAAUGCCUCAGAGAGAUGUGAUUUCUUGGAGUGCAUUGAUCUUGGGGUAUGGGAUAAAUGGAAGUGUCAAUGUUGCUUUGGAUCUCUUUGAUCUGAUGUGCAGGGAAGGAUUUGAGCCAAACGAUGUGACCUUUCUUGGUGCUUUAUCAGCAUGUGCACAUGCUGGUAUGGUGCAACAAGCACAUGUGUUUUUUGAUAUGAUGAAGGAUUAUAAGGUAAUGCCCGAGUUGAAGCAUUAUGCUUGCAUGGUUGAUUGUUUAGGCAGAGCAGGGCUAUUGGAAGAGGCAGAUAGGUUUAUAGAGGAAAUGCCAGUGGAGCCUGAUGGAGCUGUGUUGGGUGCACUCUUAGGAGGUUGUCGAGUUCAUGGCAACAUUGAAGUUGGAGAACGGAUUGCAAAGAAGCUAUUGGGUUUAGAGCCGGAGAAGGCUGGAUAUUAUAUUCUUUUGGCUAAUAUCUACGCAGCUGCUGGUAGGUUCGAUGAUGCAGAGCAAGUGAGGGAGUUCAUGAAGCAACAAAAGGUGAAUAAGCUACCUGGGAGCAGCCUGAUUGAAUUGGAGAACUGUUUUUAUCUAUCACAAGGAAAUGAAGUGGUUUAGAAAAUGGUUGAAGUGGCACAAGUCUUUUAAGAGAAACAAUUUAUUGAAGUAAGGAGUC